AUGCGGUUCCUUUUGGUAGCCUUGACGGCUUUCACCACUGUCCUUGCAGCUCCUGUAGAAGAGAAACGGGCAACUGGUCCUUCCGCAGUCGUCAAAAACGGAACGAUCGUUGGAAGCUCCACUGGCAAUGUUGAGUCUUUCAAGGGCAUCCCAUUCGCUCUCCCUCCCACUGGCAGUCUUCGACUGAAGCCUCCUCAAUCGAUCACAGCAUCCUACCCUUCGGGCACAUUUGCAGCUACUGGCAUGCCAAAAGCGUGCCCACAGUUCUUUAGUCAGGUGGACACCACCAAUAUACCUUCCGAUGUACUUGGAGAACUUCUCAUGUCUCCACUGGUGCAGGCAGCCACAGAUACUGGCGAGGACUGUUUGACUCUUAACGUCCAACGCCCGGCUGGCACCACAUCCUCUUCGAAAUUACCCGUUGUAUUCUGGAUCUUUGGAGGCGGUCAGUAUCGAGACCAUCCAUGGAGCUAUAUAAGAGCUGACAGCAUAUANGGUUUUGAGGUAGGUUCUACUCAACAGUAUGAUGGCACUCCCCUAGUCGCCGAGUCUGCCACUCUGGGACACGGCGUCAUCUAUGUGGCUGUCAACUACCGCGUUGGAGGCUUUGGCUGGCUGGCCGGAAAAGAGCUACAGGCAGAUGGCUCCACCAACCUUGGACUCAAAGAUCAAAGAAAGGGUCUAGAGUGGGUCGCUGAGAACAUUGCCGCUUUUGGCGGUGAUCCUACUAAGGUGACCAUUUGGGGUGAAUCCGCAGGAAGUAUCUCGGUCUUCGAUCAGAUGAUUAUCAACAGUGGCGACAAUACGUACAAUGGAAAGCCACUGUUCAGAGGUGCUAUUAUGGAUUCUGGCUCCAUUGUACCUGCAGUGGACGUCGCCCACCCGAAAGCACAAGCUGUCUACGAUGUCGUAGUGAACGCAGCUGGUUGUUCUGGCAGCAGUGAUACACUCAAUUGUUUGAGGAACGUUGACUAUGGAACUUUUAUGAGAGCCGCCGAUGUAAAUCCUGCAGAUGGCUUCUUCCCUGUCAGUCCCGAGAUCGCGGUUGAAAACGGUAAUUACGCNAAAGUGCCAUUGAUCUCUGGAGAUCAAGAAGACGAAGGCCCGCUGUUCAGCUUGGUGCAAAACAACAUCACAACCACGGACCAAUUGGUCGACUAUGUUGCUAGUGCUUUCCCAGACACUCCUAAACCUGUGGUAGCUUCCUUUGUCGCAACAUAUCCCGACGAUCCCGCUGCUGGAUCUCCAUUCAGAACAGGCCUUUUGAACAACAUCUAUCCGCAAUACAAGCGUCUGGCUGCCAUUCUCGGAGAUUCCGUCUUCAACCUGCGUCGUCGACAACUUCUAUACGCCGUUUCUUCGACAGUCCCAUCGUGGAGCUACCUCGACAGCCAUCUCUAUGGUACACCCGUGCUAGGAACCUUCCAUGGCAGCGAUCUGCUGAGCAUUUUCUUUGGCGCUGGAGGAAUCACCACCCAAAAGACUUAUCUCGACUACUACACAUCAUUCAUUAACCUCCUCGACCCGAACGCUCUUGGUUCUGCCGCUCCACUCAUCAGCUGGCCUCAGUACAACACUACGAAGCCUACGUUGUUGAAUCUGCAAGCGGUCGGCAAUACUCUGCUCCCUGAUACAUAUCGCAGUGCGAGCUUUAGUGCUCUACAAACGGAUUAUGGGUAUCUGCGUACCUAA